GUCUACGGAUCGUGUAAGUGACAUACCGUUAUUAAUUAAAACACACUUAAGGUUUAUUUGGGAUAAGAAUUACAUCUUGAGCCUUUUAAUAAAUGGAAAAUAAGUCAAAAGACUGUCAGUUUUCUCUGUUAUAUGUUAUAUGUAGUGGUAUUCCAGCCUGACCAAAACCACUAAUGCCAUCUAUUUUUCAUAAAGCAAGUCUUCUCUUGGCUGACAUAUUUUAUUGUGUCAUUGUCUUAACUUGCCAUUGGCUGGCCUCUACCAUCAUGUGUCACUACCACAAGAACAUAUUGUAUUAUCAUGUGUCACUACCACAAGAAAGCAUUGUACUGUCAUGUGUCACUACCACAAGAAAGCAUUGUACUAUCAUGUGUCACUACCACAAGAACGUAUUGUACUGUCAUGUGUCACUACCACAAGAAAGCAUUGUACUAUCAUGUGUCACUACCACAAGAAAGCAUUGUACUAUCAUGUGUCACUACCACAAGAAAGCACUGUAAGCUGAAUACCAAAGAAAAACCUUUCAAUCCUAAUGUGUUCAACCUAAUUUUAGGUUUUAGCAUUACUGUACAGUGUACAUAUAUUAUUGCUAGAUUACCUUGAACAUUAAAAAAAAAUCUAUGUUGAGAAGCACUAUCAUGUACAGUUUUAAUUGAUCAUUGUGAUGAAAGAAA